CGCUUCCUCCUAGCCCGGCUGUGGAAGCUCCUGAGCUAUGUCGUGGCCCUGCCCGGGGUCGGCGUUUGCAUGCUGAACUGCUACCUGAAAGCACAUCACGAGCACGAGCGGCCCGAGUUCGUGCCUUACGCUCACCUCCGGAUCAGGACCAAGCCUUUCCCCUGGGGUGACGGGAACAAAACUCUAUUCCACAACCCCCACGUUAAUGCUCUCCCAACCGGUUAUGAAGAUGAAAACUAAGAUCCUGACCACAGCCAGAACUUUGGCUCUUCCAGUCUUGGACCAGAAUGCUGCGUGGGGACCAUCGUUUAGGGAACCAUCAUUUAAGAAACCACAUUCCUUCUACGAUGAAGCUCAAUGGCAUUGUGGCCUCUGUCUGUACUUGUGUAGAGGUCCUUUAAAUAAACAACUCUGAACUCGAA